CGCAGCCACAACCGGGUGAGGCUUGCCCCACUGUCUUCCAGUCCAGGUCCGGUGAUAAUGAGGGUGGCUGGGAACAGCGCAGCAUCCGGAGGAAAAGGCGGAUAUGGGUUAUUUGGCCUGGAUAAAUGUUCAGUGGGAGGAAUAAAAUUGACUGAGUGGACUCCUGUCUUAUUAGGGAGUAUAGCCAAGGCAGCUAGUCUCAUGGAUGUACAAAAUUCAUUUGGUGGUCAAACUAGUCCGUUAGGUAAUAGAUCUCGAAACUCUUCAGAAGAAGAUGAUGAUGUUGUAUUUAUUGAAUCUAUACAGCCUCCUUCAGUUUCUGCACCAGCAAUAGCUAAUCAAAAAAACAUACUUACAUCAUCAAGAAAGGAAAAGCAACAAGGAAACAAUUUUGUAAUUCUUCCUUCUUCAAGAGAUUUGACUUCUCAGAAGAGAAAUUUAAGUGAGACAAUUGUCAUCGAUGAUGAAGAGGAUUUAGAAACAAAUCAUGAGCAAAAGAAAAAUUCUUCCAGUUUUAUUGAAUGGGGACUUCCUGGAAUUAAAAACAGAACCAAAGAUUUGGAUUUCUACACUUCCAGUCUUUCAAGAAGUAAGAACAAGACUGGAGUAGGACCUUUUAAUCCUGGUAGAAUGAAUGUGGCAGGAGACAUGUUUCAGAAUGGAGGAUUCGCAACUCAUCAUAGUCCGGUUCCUGGGUGGCACAGAUAGUUAAGUGCUUGGCUACUGACCAAAAGGUUGGCAGUUCAAAUCCACCCAGAGGCACCUUAAAAGAAAGGCCUGGCAGUCUAUUUCCAAAAGGUCGUAGCCAUUGACAACCCUAAGGAGCACAGUUCUUCUCUGUUAUACUUGGAGCCACCGUGAGCUGGAAUCAACUCUGACAGCUGGUUUGAUUUUGUUUUUUUCCUCUGUUUAUGAGAAUACUACUGAAUAUUGGGGGGAAAUAAUACUGAGAAAUAAAAAAAUAAUCUGUCUACUUUACCUCACUAACUAGAAGUUACCACUGUUAGAAGUUUGGUUCAUAUUCUUAUACUCUUUGGCCUCUCUCUUUUUUUUUUUAAAUAUGAUUGAAUAUAAUUGAGACCAUAUAAAUAGCUUUGUGUCCUGUUGAUUUACUUAAUCGAAAUUUUAAGUUUCAGUGGCUAUAAAAUGCUCCUUCAUCUGAGGAACCCAUUCAUCUAUUUUUUUGAGCAUUUACAUGGUAUUUUAGUUAUCUAGUGCUGCUAUAACAAAUACCACAAGUGAGUGACUUUAACAAACAAGUUUAUUUUCUCACAGUUAGGAAGCUAGAAGUCCAAAUUCCAGAUGCCAGCUCAAGGGGAAGCCUUUCUCUCAGUUGGCUCUGGACAAGGUCCUUGUCUUGACACACUUCACACUAAUCCUGUCUCAUUAACAAAGACAGCCCAUUCCCAAAUGGGAUACUCACUCAUUGCCAUUGAAUCGAUUCUGACUCGUAGCUACUCUGUAGUUAGGGAUUAGGAUUUACAACACACAUUUUGGGGGUACAUAAUUCAAUCUAUAACACAUGGUUUCCUUUUUUUUGUUGUUUUGCUAAUGUAACUCUACACUAAGUAUUUGUUUACAUUGCUUAUUAUUUCCAUAGGGCAGUGGUUUUUGGCCUCACAUUCACUCUUAAAAUGAUUAAGGACCCCAAAAUAUUUUUUUGUUUCUUUUGAUAAUUACCAUAUUAGAAAUUAAAACUAAGAAAUAUUUAAUAUUUAUUCAUUUAACAGUAACUUGUAACAUAACAGGAGUUUAUUUUUUUAGUGAAAAAUAACUUCAAAAAAUUUUAUCAAUAAGAGCGACAUUGUUUUUUAUUUUUGCAAAUUUCUUUGAAGUCUGGCUUAGUAGAAGUCAGCAAGAUAUAUCCAAAAUGUACAUAGAAUCUGUUGAAAUACUCUGUCUUGUUUGAAGUAUAUAAAGAAAACCUGGUCUCACACAGUUAGGUGGCUAGAGAAGGGAGGACUAUUUUAAUAGGCUUUUAAAGAUGAUUAUGGAUAGUACUCUUGACGUGGCAACAAAACUGUAAAUGAUAGUUUCUGAGAGAUUCCUCAGUGUGGAAUCUGAAACCAUAUAAUGAACUUUUUGUACUCUUUUACAUUAAAACCAUUGACAUUUGAAUGACUCUUUUACCCAUGGAUAAUCAACUUGGUGACAUUGUGCACUGGUUAUCUGGAAAAUAUUGGUUCACUGAGUUACCAGGAAGCUCAGAAGCUCACAGUAGCAGAGACAAGUUCUCCAAAAUUCUAAUUCUGAUUUUCACUUGAAAGCUCAAAUUUUCUCAUUGGCAACAAAUACUGUCAGUUUUCCUUGAAAUGACUACCCGUUGCCGUUGAGUUGAUUCCGACUCAUAGUAACCUGUAAGACAGAGUAGAAAUGUCUCAUAGUUUUUUCAAGAAGCAGCUGGUAGAUUUGAACUGCCAACCUUUUAGUUAGCAGCCCAAGCUCUUAACCACUGCACCACCAGGGCCCUUGAAAUGACUGACUCAUUUAUUUUCAAGAAAAUCUCUGCCAGUAACCAUAGUCAACUAUUGGUAUGAAGCAGAAGUACUGUAUACUUCCCAUUUUGUCACACAGGAUAUUCAUACAUGUAGUUGAAGUCUGGAAUUUAAUAAAAUGAAUAAUAAUUUUUACGGUUUUAUCAAGGACAUCUAUAAAUGAAGAUGACACUUCUGCAAGUACACAAUGUUGAAGGAAAGUAUUUACUAGUACAGUUUUGUUUCAUUGCCUUAAUUUAUGCUAGGAUACCAGCAGUUUUACCCAUCAUCACUUUUGCACCAUUCAUAGAAAUGUGAACAUGGUGAAAAAGGCAAAUAAAUCUUAAUAUUAUGAAAAUAGUUUUGGCUUUAUAGAUCCCCUUUUCUUUGUUUUAUCAAUACAAUGUUGAAUAGAAGUGGUAAGAGUAUAAAGCCAUAUCUUGUUCUCAGCCUCAGGGGAAGGAUUCAGCAUUUCAUACUUAAGUAUAUUGUUAGCUCAUGUGAGAAAUAAUCGUUUUUAUAUUCCUAAUCCAUUUGAUAGUUGGUUAUUUUGGGUUUUUUCUAGUCUUUGUAAUCAUAAAGAAGGGUUCUCAUAGAUACCUGUGUAAGUUUGGUACACUUGUCUUAUUUUCUUAAGAAACAUUUUUAGAGGUAGAAAUGCUAAGUCAAAAUGUUAACAUAUUUUUAGUGCUUUUGAUGGUUAAUGCAAAACUGCCCCUGCUAAAAAGUUGUGUCAUAUUUGUACAACAUAAAGAUUCUUUUUCCAUAUUGUAAACUCUCCUUAACUGAUUAACUUUGCUUAACUGAUUAUUGAAAAAUGGUAUCAUCUUAAUUUAGUUUACAUAUUGUUGAAAUUUUAAUAAUAUAUUUGCAAAUUUUUCAUGAGUUUUCUCUUUCAUGUCUGUCAUCCAUGUAUUACUAUGGACAUCUUUUGUUUAUGGAUGAAGAGUUAAGCCUGAGAAAUAAUAUCAUGUAAAAAAAAUAUGUUGAAGGAUGUGUUAAACUUAAAAACAAUUUAAGAAAAUGUUGAAGUCUUAGAAAUAACGUACAUUGAAGUCAUUUGUUUAGGUCUGUUGGUUAUUAUUUCUUUUAGUCUUUUACUUAAUUGUUUGCUUUGUAAUUUUUUCCUAAAUUUUAGGUAUAUACUUACUUAAGCAUGAAUUCUAUUUUACAUGCAGAUAAGCUCUUAAAUGGAGUUAAAACCAGAAGCUGUGCCAUAUAUAUUUUUUAAUGUUUCCAUCUUAGAGACCAUUUUUUUGCCUUGUGAAGUAAAUUGAAGUGUAUUUAAUAGUGGGUAUUUUUUUUAUGGAUAAAGUAGGAUAGUUUUCUAUUUAAAAGCGUAAGAUAAAUUGAAACUUAACUAUAAAAAAGCACUUUUUUAUAUCUUUACACUAUAGUGUCUUUUUAGAUCUUUAUAUAUCUCUAUACUAUCUUUUACUAUGAAGUGUAGUUAGAUACUGUGUUAUCAUUCCACUCGUAUUGUAGGCCUGAUUGAUAGUUGCCAAGGUUGUUUGAAAGCAAUUUUGAUUACUCUUGGAUUUAUUUUUGUUCUUACCAUUCCUUUAUCUCAUUGAUUCAAGACUGUAUUUUAUAUUUCUGUGAUAUUUUCUUGUCACAUAAAAUACCAGUGAUUUUAAAAAGUAGCAGACAAAAAGCAUUAAAGACCCAUUUGACACUUAUUUGAUACUAUUUCUUCAUACCUACAUGUAAGCUACUUUGUUUAUGAUAUGUAGCAAUUUUUGAUUUCUAUGAAGUAUGGAUGGUACACAACAUUCUUGAGUUCUGUACAAAGUUUAUUGGAGACAAAAGUUAUCAAACCUACAUCCUUUAAAAAAUAUGAUUUAAUCCAGAAUUCUGAAGAUAGUGUUCACCAAAUUGUUGGGUGAAAGAUGAUGAUGAAGUUAUGUUUGAAGCUUUCUUAAAAGAUUUAGUUCACCAGAUUCUUGGGUGACGGAUGAUGGUGAAGUUAUGUUUGAAGCUUUCUGAAAAGAUUAAGCCACUUGUCAAAUGGACAGCUUUUUGUUGUUGCUAUUUUUUAUUCUUUUAUUAGCUUGAGUGUAGCAUAGUAAAAUCUAUUUCUAUUGUUAACUCCUUUUGCUUCCUGUCUGCCUCCGUAAAAUUAACCACUUUUUACCAGGAGACUUUUAAAAUAAAGUGGAUUAGCAGUAAUAUUAUAAUUGUUACUAUCUUGGAGUCAAAGCUCCCCAGAGUGUCUUUCUUUAGUUGCUGUAUGUUCCCCACAUUUAUAAAUUGAAGGUUUUCCCAUACAGAAAAAAAAAAUAGAAGCAAGAUAAUGAUCUCUGUGUUUGAGUUAUAUUUAAAUCUAGUGCUUUUAAGUUCAAAUUUAAUAAAUUGUGGCCCUGCCUAAAGUACACAUAAAACUGUGCAUUCGUCUUAUGAAAAUAGGACUAUGUUCAUUAGAAUAGACAUUUAGGUAAUUAUUCCUUUUG